CCACAAACACAGCACAACACACCGCACUAUUUCUGCUUACUUAAUAACACUCGCUCCUCUUCAUUCAAAUUCAAACAAACAAGGCACAUGAAACAACUUGUGUCAGUGUCAUAUUUACCUGCACUUGUCACAAAUGGCCAAAACCAAAACAUUUGUGCUUUUACCUCUCUCUGUUUUGAUCCUUGCUCUGGCUACAAACCCUGUUAAAUCUGAGCAACAAGAGCUAUUCUUCAACGGGUUUGGUGACGGUUCCGCAAACAUAACCUUAAACGGAGGAGCAGUGAUUGAACACAAGGGCUUACUCCGGUUGACAAACGAGACUCGGAGAGUAAUCGGGCACGCGUUUUAUCCAACCCCAAUUCAGUUCAAGCCCAAAAACUCCUCCGAAGCUUUCUCCUUCUCCACCGCUUUCGCGUUUGCGAUCGUCCCUCAGUACCCGAAACUCGGUGGCCACGGCUUCGCCUUCACCAUUUCGCGCUCCACAUCGCUCGCGGACGCGUACCCCAGCCAGUACCUGGGCCUCCUCAACCCAAGCGAUGUGGGGAACUUCUCAAACCACCUUUUCGCAGUGGAAUUCGACACCGUCCAAGACUUCGAGUUCGGGGACAUCAACGACAACCACGUCGGCAUCAACCUCAACAACAUGGUCUCCAACAAAUCCGUGGAAGCGGCGUUUUACCCCAACAACGGCUCCACCAACAAGCAAAGCCUCAAUUUGAAGAGUGGUGAAGUAACUCAAGCAUGGGUCGAUUACGAUUCAUCAAAACACCAAUUGGAAGUUAGACUCUCCCCAACUUCCUCCAAACCCACUUCACCAAUCUUGUCAUACAAAGUAGACCUCUCACCGAUUCUCCAAGAUUCCAUGUACGUGGGGUUCUCUUCUUCAACAGGGUUACUCGCUAGCUCCCACUAUAUCUUAGGUUGGAGCUUCAAAAUAAACGGAGAGGCCAAGAGUCUCUCCUUAAAAAACCUCCCUUCACUAAAUUCAUCAAGCAAAACUCAAAAGCCCUUAAUCUUAGGACUCACACUUUCUCUCUCCGCUUUGGUUCUAACACUCGCUGCGUUGUACCUCUUCAGAAAGAUGAGAAACUCGGAAGUGAUCGAAGCUUGGGAAAUGGAUAUUGGUCCACACAGAUUCCCAUACAAAGAGCUAGACAAAGCGACGAAAGGGUUCAAGGACAAGAACCUGCUCGGGUUCGGUGGGUUCGGGCGUGUGUACAAAGGGGUGCUCCCGAAGUCCCACAUCGAAGUCGCGGUGAAGCGAGUAUCGCACGAGUCGACACAAGGCAUGCAAGAGUUCGUGUCGGAGAUUUCAACCAUAGGAAGGCUUCGACAUAGGAACCUAGUACAGUUACUGGGUUGGUGUCGGAAGCAAAACGAACUUUUACUAGUGUACGAUUUCAUGCGAAACGGAAGCUUAGACAAGUACCUAUUCGAUGAACCGAGGGUGAUUUUAACGUGGGAGCAGAGGUUUAGGAUAAUAAAAGGCGUGGCUUGGGGGUUGGUUUACUUGCACGAGGAGUGGGAGCAAACGGUGAUUCACAGAGACGUUAAAGCAGGGAACGUAUUGUUGGACGGAGAAAUGAACGGAAGGUUGGGGGAUUUUGGGUUGGCGAAGCUUUACGAGCACGGUUCCAACCCUAGCACGACCAGGGUGGUGGGGACGUUGGGUUACCUUGCGCCGGAGCUCACGCGGACGGGGAAGCCCACGGCGAGUUCCGACGUGUUUGCGUUCGGGGCGCUCAUGCUGGAGGUGGCGUGCGGGCGGAGGCCGAUUGAGGCCAAGGCGUUGCCGGAGGAGCUCGUGCUGGUGGAGUGGGUGUGGGAGCGGUGGCGCGUGGGGGCGGCGCUGGCGGUGGUGGAUUCGCGCCUGGGAGGGGUGUUUGAUGAGGUGGAGGCUCUGCUGGUGCUAAGGCUGGGGUUGCUGUGUUCCGUGGAGGCGCCGGAGAAGAGGCCGAGCAUGCGGCAGGUGGUGAGGUACCUGGAGGGGGAGGUGGCGCCGCCUCCGGUGGUGGUGGAGGGGAAGAGAGGCGGUGGGGAAUUGGCGCAUUCGUAUUCCUUUUGCGACAGGGCGAAUACGUGGUCGUCGGCGGGUGAUGACGUGUCCUCUUUAUCGCUUUCCGGUGGCCGGUAGGGUAGUUAGGGGGACACAUACAUACAAAAAGUGUCAUUCAAAUGUUGCACUAUAUUAGAUUAGAUUAGAUUCUCUUCUCUUUACCUGUCCCUACCCAAUUUUUCUCUGGUAAUUUUUUCUUUUGGUGGGGAUUGUAUCCCCUAAUAUAUUGUUGAAUUAUUAGGUUUUGAUUUUUCAAUGUUUAAUUAAAUUUAUUUGUUUAAUUAAAAGUAAUUAAAGUCUUUAAUUUUCUUAUAUGUA